CCAGUCCUGGAGCCGGACGCGGAGCAGAGCACGGAUGUGAUCGUGGUGGGCUCCAGCGAGCUGUCCGCACCGGCUUCCCCGGCGCCCUGCAGAGAGCUCCUUGCGUAUGAAGUCAGGGUGAACCAGAGGGACAUAGAAGACGUGUGCAUCUGCUGCGGGAGCUUCCGGGUGCACACGCGGCACCCGCUGUUUGAGGGCGGCAUGUGCGCCCCCUGCAAGGACAAGUUUCUGGACUGUCUCUUCCUGUAUGACGAUGACGGGUACCAGUCCUACUGCUCCAUCUGCUGCGCCGGGGAGACCCUGCUCAUCUGUGAGAACCCCGACUGCACUCGAUGCUACUGCUUCGAGUGCGUGGACACGCUGGUGGGCCCCGGGACGUCGGGGAGGGUGCAGGCCAUGAGCAACUGGGUGUGCUUCCUGUGCCUGCCCUUCCCCCGCAGCGGGCUCCUGCAGAGGCGGCAGAAGUGGCGGGGUGGGCUGAAGGCCUUCUGUGACCGGGAGUCGAAUUCGCUGGAGACGUAUAAAACGGUGCCCGUGUGGAAGAGAGAGCCAGUCCGGGCGCUGUCCCUCUUUGGGGACAUCAGGAGAGAGCUCGUGAGUCUGGGCUUCCUGGAGAGUGGCUCCGCCCCGGGGGGACUGAAGCACCUGGACGAUGUCACAGAUGUCGUGAGGAAGGACGUGGAAGCGUGGGGCCCGUUUGACCUCGUGUACGGCGCCACACCCCCCAUCGGACAGGCCUGCGACCACCCGCCAGCGUGGUACCUGUUCCAGUUCCACCGCGUCCUGCAGUACGCCAGGCCCAGCCCGGGCAGCCGGCAGCCCUUCUUCUGGAUGUUCGUGGACAAUCUGGUGCUGAGCCAAGAUGACCGGCGCGUAGCCACUCGCUUCCUGGAGGCUGAGCCCGUGACCAUCCAGGACGUCUGUGGCCAAGCCGUCCAGGACGCCGUGCACGUGUGGAGCAACAUCCCGGCUGUGAGAAGCAGGCACUCGGCCCUGGCUUCCCACGACGAACUGUCCCUGCUGGCUCCGGACAGGCAGAGGACAAAGCCUCCAGGCCAGGGACCGGCCAAGCUGGUGAAGAAUUGUUUUCUCCCCCUGAGAGAAUAUUUCAAGUAUUCAACAGAACUCACUUCCUCUUUAGAAAUGAUUUAUUUUACUAUGAAGAAAAAAGACUUUUGUUAGAACCA